AUGGGCAACAGCCCGCCAAAGUUAGUCUUUCUUCCGCCGAUCAAAAGCCUCAUCAAUUUCGCCGGCCCGGUCGCGGAGGCGCCCUCGGUGAACGCCCUCCGCGAGGUCCUCAAGGAGAUCAAAAGCACCCUUCAAACGCAGGCGAAUCAACAGCUGCAGAUCGCCAAUACCGGCAGCGCCCUCAGCACCAAGCCCGCGGCCUCGCCCGGAAGAAUGCCGGGGAAAUCAAAUGGAAUUGCAGUGGCCGUCAGACUCAUGUGCGAAGAAUUCUCGCACGCGCAUAUUUUUACCUGCUUCUCUACCAGUGAGGAUUCUAAGCGAGGCAAUUCCUUUCACGAAAAUAGUACGGCGCGGUGA